AUGGACGCUAAUCCGCUCGACGGGCAUGACCGGGAAGUCCUCCGGCCGCGGGUUGUGCGUGAGGCCAAACGUGUGCCAGAACACCACAUCGGUAUUGCGGACGUCGUCGUCGCGGGCGGCCCACACCUCGACCCCGCUGCUCUCGCGGCUCUGGUUCGUGUAGUCGCCGGCGGCAUACAGCUCGCCGUCGCGAUACUUGGUGACCCACACGGGAUGCUCGGCGUAGCGCGCGCGGCGGGUGUUGAAGCUGUUCUUGGACAUGAUGAUCGGCUGGCUCGCCACGGUCUGGACCUUGUAGGCGACGUGAUGGCCGCUCACGCGGUUGACCACGCUGUCGUUGCGGAUCUUGAACACGCGCGACACAUGGGGGUUGGUCUCCCGGUGGCCGGCCCGGUCGAUAACCGACGUGCGCGCGACGUAGCCGCAGCCGUACGGGUCGCUCACGCCGUCCUCCUCCUCGGUCAUGGGCAUGCUGUCCUCGUAGACGACGGUGUUCGCGAAGCCGUCCACGGCCGGGUCGACGCGCAUGGAGAAGAGGUGCUGGUGGUUCGGCGCCGACACGCCGGGCCCGACGUUAGUCGACCACGGCACCUGGCGCCCGUCCGCGUUGUCGAUGGGGAUCGUGGACAGGAUGCCCGUGGCCCGCACCUCCAGCUCGAGGCCGCCCGCCUGGUCGAACACCCACGCGAAGAUAUAUUCGUAGUUGGACAGCGUGCACAUCAUCUGCGCCACCAGCUGCCGGUUCCGCACCACGGUCGCCUGGUUGUUGCGGUAGUUGGUGUGCUUGUGCAGGAUGCCGGCGUCCUGCUCGUGGAGGCAGAUGACAUUCUUCAGCUGGACCGCGUUGCCGCGCGAGUCGGGGCGGUAGCCAUCGAAGUACUUGAUGUGGCCGAGACAAUCGCAGCCCAGGCUGAGCUGGUUCGCCGUGACACCCAGCCCAACAUCGCCCACGUCAAACGCCUGCUUCCGGUGGAACGGCUUGCGCGGGUCUCCAUAGGGAACCGACAUUUCCGAGAUGGACAAUCGAUAGAAAACGUUGCGCCCGUCGUACGUCACGUUGUACAGAACGAGCCCCUCCCGGUAGUUGAAGCCGACCCGGAACCGCCACUUCUGCCACUCCACGAGGUGGCCGUCCACGUCGAACGACGGGCCGUCGGGCUGCUGGACGAUGUACGGCUUGAGAUCCGCGCGCAGAGGGGUGUCCAGGAGGUCGUGCGCGUACUCGACCGCCUUGACGGGCUUCCAUGGCUGCGUCUCCGUGACGGUGUGGUCGGCCCCGGUGGGCAGAUGGUCGAUCCGCACCAGUUCCCUGGUGUCGAUGUCGAAGACGGGCGAGAAGGCGCAGGGCAGCGAGUAGUGGUUGGACUGCGGGUGGUCGACCGGCACAAUGUACAUGUAGCACUGGCACAGCCGGCGCGUUUCGGCGUCGUCCUCCCUCCCAUAUAUCCACGGAUCGGUGCACACGGAGACCCCCUCGGGCAGCUUCAGCUUCUUGAUUUCGUUGAGCACCUCCGGGUGCUGCAGGCAGAUCUCCUCGACCUCGAUCAUCUCGUCGACGUCCGCGGGGCCCUGCGCGUGUUUGGGGAGCUCCUCGAGCGAGAUGACCGACUCCGUCUGGAGGUUCACCCGUCCAUGGAGGAAGACGCGGUUGUCGAGGCGCUGGAAGAGACAGUAUGCGAUGCGGGCCGGGGCGGGGGGCAGCGGCUUUCCAGUCCGCUCGGCCUCGAUGUACUCGAUCACAUCUUGCUUCACCGGCUCUUGGAUGUCGAGCGUCUUGAACCGGAGAGGCACGUCCGGGAACGAUUUACGGAGAAGCCGCACAGCGGUUCCAAUUUCAUCCGGCUGCAAGGGGUCGAAUGGGUGAAGCCUCGCUGCUGCGUCCGCCGUCAUUUUCGGUCGCCGGUAAUCGUGAUGCAAAGGGAAGCAAGAUGA